UGUAAACAAAUUAAAUUAAUUCAAGUGGAUAUGUUUCGGUUUUUGUGCAUUUAACAUGAAUUAAGAUCGAUAAUAUAAACUUAUUGGGUUUUUUUUUUUAAUUAGUCAAAUAAUUUAGAAAUACAAACAAAAUGCUUCAUCUUACAACAGAAAUAGGAAAACCUGGCAAAAGAGAAAGAGAAAGAAGACAUUUUCCUGAUCUUGAAAAUUUAAGAGGUGUAACUAAAUAUGUACCGAGGGGACGAAGAUAUUUACCUCAUAAUACAGAUUUAUCUGGUGACGGGGAAUGGACGCCUCACAAUCAGAGUUUAAACAUAGAAUAUACCAAAUGUGGUCCAGAUUGGGAUUCAAGACUCCGCUAUAUUCCACCACCUAAAAGCUCUGAUUAUCCUGCAGCUGAGAUCUGGCCCAAUAAUUGGAAGAGCAUGAGACCCUAUCCAUUUACAUAUAGAAGAAGUGAUACAGAGUGGUUAUUGGAUCCAGAUCAUCAUCGUAUCGGAUUACGCUGCUAUUUUAACGGCAAUCAUCAAGCCACUAUGACAUCAUCACGAGAACUAACACAUUCCAUGUUAUUAGGAAAAAACAGAAAAGAAGAUAGAAUACAAAGACGUAAUACAAUCCCUGAGGCGGCACCUGGAGAUAAAAUUUAUCAAGCUGUUGAAUAUUCUCCUGGUUUUCAUGCUGCCGGUUCCACAAGACCUAUUGUACAGUUCGGAAAUCCUUCAUCUGCAAACAAACCUGAUACAUUUAUUCCACUACAGUCAUUACCACCCAUAGAAUGUGAAAGUUUUCGAAGCAAAGAGAGAAAUAAUAUUUUAAGAGAAGAAAUAAAUUGCGUGGAGAAAUUGGAUUCCUGGAAACCAGCCACACCCUUACAUUUAACUCUUCCUCAAGAAGAACCAAAAAAACAUUAAAAUCAAAACUCCAGUGAAAUUUCAGUAUCAGAAAACUUAAACUAAAAUAUUUAAAGGAUUUAGCCUUUUCAUUGGCUGGAAUUAAAUACUUUAAGGAUUUAGCCUUUUCAUUGGCUGGAAUUUAAAAUUUUAUGGUUUUAAGGAUUUAGCCUUUUCAUUGGCUGGAAUUUAAAAUCUUAGUACAAAUUUUAGCUGCAUUCUAAAAAUAUUUUGGUUUUGGAGAAUUCGUCCCCUGGUAUUUUACUGUUUGGAUGCAAUGUCAAGUGGAUGCAAUAUGUAGAUUUUUAGUUAUGUAAAUCAGGAUGUGGGGUAAGGGAAGUGUGAGGGAUUAUGACCACAUGUCUCUACUUAUAAAAGAAAUGGGUCUAUGCUUUGAAAUAGUCUUGAGAUAGAUGGUAAUAAGAUAAGUGAAUGUUGAUCAUUCCUUUUAACAAAUUCCUUGAAAGUACAUUAAAAAUUUGCAAUUAAAAUUUAUUUGGAUGAUAAUUAUAUAUGAUUGGUACUGUCAGUUCCUUUUGAUAAGCAGUGAAAGAAAGUCUUAAAAUAACUUAAAAUUUUGUAUCUGAGUUCCUCAGUAUUUGUAUUAGAAUUGUGUCCUGUGUUUAUCCAGUUCCGUUGCUAAAUGCGACUGAAUCAGUUCCAUUCUGUUUGUUCAUUUUCCAAUUUCUUUUAUAAAGAUGUUCUUAUUUUGAUAGUUUAUCUACCUACCGGUAUAUAUAAUGAUUUUUACAUGAUUUAAUCAUUUUUUCAAGUUACUGAUAUUGUAUACAAAUUUUAAUGGGUUUAUAUUAAUAUUUUUAACCAUGAUUUUCUGAAAGUUUUACCAUAUUAUAAUAAAUGUGACAUUGUAUUGUUAAAUGUUCACAUGUUUGAUAAAGAUUUUGAUAUGUUUUAUAGAGUUUAUUAUUGUAAGCAUUUAAUUCUGUUCUAUUAAUUACUGAUUUAUGUUUUGUUUCUGAAGUUUCCGUCUUCAUUAGCCCAGUCUCUUCAUUAACCCACUCGGAGCAGAACAGUAGGACGUUAAACCUCAUUUCAUUUUAUUUGUUUCUGAAUUUUGUUUGCUUGACUAAUGUCAAUAAAAUUUCUAAAAGCAUAUCGCUGUAUGCUUGGAUUAAACUUCUAAUGUGCGAUAUGUUAUCAUGAACCUUAUAAAUAUGAAAAUGUCUAUGGUUGUAUUUUUCUAAGUGAUAUUUCAGGAUGAACAUAUCAGACUGAAUAAUAUAAUUCCAGGGACCGUACAAUAUAAAAACAUUUAUAUUUUCAUAAAAUUUUGUCAUUUCACAUAAAAUUAUCAUAAAAUGGAGAAAAAAAUCAUAAAAAAUAUAAAAUUUCACUAUUUCUCAUAAUUUGAGACGAAAAAUUUUCAACCAAUAAA